AACCUACAUGAAAUGUUUUUGAAAUUAUUCCAGCUGUUAAACAAAUUUCCACCUUUGACCCUCAACAGAUACACCCACAAGUAUAUUUUCAAAAUGGAUAAGGCCUAUUUACGCCAUUUAGGUGAUAACGAACAAUUUCAAAUUACAUUUAAGUACACAAACGAAGUGUUAAAGGUGAACAGACAGUUCAAUUUUAAUAGAAAACUAUCUGAAACCGUCGAGACAUUCCUAUCGCGGGUGGCAACAAAUGUGGAGAAAGCCUUGAACAAGAAGAACAAGAAAAGAAAGGCAGAUGAGGACAACGGUGGCAAUAGUACAGUGCGAGCUACAUUAUUUUUAAACGAUUCAGAGUUGCCAAGGGAAACAGUGUGUAGCGAUAUUUUUCAGCCUGGUAAUAACGUGGUACUAAAAAUUUUGAGCCAGGAGUAUCAGGUAAUAAUUAAUUCACCCUGGGUAGAUGGAAUAGCGUUACCGACUUCGAUAUUGGCCACGUUUCCAGUAUAUCCAUCAAAGUUUGAAACAGUUUUUACUGAUAAAGAUUUAUCAGUGUUCACAUGGUUCAAGUCGAAGAAUCUUACAGAAUGGACCACUGUCGGUAAUAGUUACAUUUUAACUCCAAGUAAUGAAGAAAUAGAUCAUUACUUAAAACUAAGUUGCGUACCAAAUAACUCCGAGUUUGAAGGUCCAGAAAUUGAAGCAGUUUCUACUUGUAGAGUUGAAGCAAGCCCUGGAUUGUGUCCGUUUGAAAUUAGACAUAAAUUUACAGCUCAACGAGCCAAAGGGAAAGAGUUUCGAGUGGUAACGUACAACAUUUUAGCUGAUUUGUAUUGUGAUUCCGAUUACACUAGGGAAGUACUUCAUCCCUAUUGUCCUGCAUAUGCUUUAAAGAUUGAUUAUAGAAAGCAACUCAUAUUAAAGGAACUCAUAGGCUAUAAUGCCGAUAUAAUCUGCUUGCAAGAAGUGGACAGAAAGGUGUUUAAUUACGAUUUGCAACCAACUCUAGACCAUCUAGGCUAUGAAAGUUACUUCUCACUAAAAGGUGGUGAGGUGGCUGAAGGGUUGGCAUUUUUUUUCAAUAAGAAUCGAUUUAAGAAAUCGCAGUGUCACUACUUAGUUUUUUCAGAACAUAUAAACAGCGAUCCUCAGUUUGCAGAUAUCUGGGAGAAAAUUGCGAAGAACAGUCAGCUGAGUGAGAGAAUUUUAGGCAGGACAACUACGCUGCAAGUCAAUGUAGUUGAAUCGUUAGAGUAUGACGAAAUUUUAGUGGUUGCUAAUACUCACUUGUAUUUCCACCCUGACGCAGAUCACAUAAGGUUGUUACAUGGAGGGCUCUGUAUAAGAUACUUGGAAAAUUUUGUUAAUAAAUUAAAGCAAGAGAUAACAGGUAAAAGAAUAUCCUUAAUCUUUUGUGGCGACUUCAACAGUGUCCCAGAAUGUGGAAUAUAUAAAUUAUACACUACCGGAUCUGUACCUAAAGACUUCAUUGACUACUCUAGUAAUAUGGAAGAAUCGGUUCAGGAUGUUGAGUUAACACAGAAUUUUCAACUCGAUAGUGCUUGCGGAACACCAAAGUACACUAAUUUUACAGCCGGUUUCGCCGAUUGUCUGGAUUAUAUUUAUUACGAAAAAAGUAACUUGGCAGUGUCACAAGUGGUGCCUUUGCCUAGUCAUGAAGAAGUAACGCAGCACACUGCGUUGCCCAGUAUAGUAUUCCCGUCAGAUCACAUGUCGUUGGUGUCUGAUUUGAGGUGGUUAUGACAAAAGAAUUGGACGUAAAAUGUAUUUAAUUUCAGUAAGAACUUUUUCACACGUAUUAAAAUAAAGAAAUGUGAAGUAAAUUUAUUUAU